CAUAAUUUAAAAAAUAAUUCAAAAUAAAAAUCCAGCCCUAAUUUUCCGACCGCAGUUCGGCUCUGCUUCUUCCUCAGUCGGCUUCGUCUCCGACGGCGCCAGCGUGUGAAAAUUUUGAGCCAUGGACGAGGAGAAGAUAGCUAAACUGAAGAUCCAAUUCCAGCAACUGACUGAUGAUGUUCAUGAUUUCGUUGUGAAGAUCCCACCGGCUCAGCUUUACGCUGCAAUUGGAGUAGUCCUGUUCACUGUAAUUUUCUUUCUACUUGUUCGUAUUUUUAAGCGAAGAUCAUCUAAUACCAUUGUACUAACUGGACUAAGUGGAAGUGGAAAGACUGUUCUUUUUUACCAGCUUCGAGAUGGCUCUUCCCAUCAGGGCACGGUGACGUCAAUGGAACAAAAUGAAGGAACUUUUGUUCUACAUUCUGAGACCUCUAAGAAGGGAAAAGUGAAGCCUGUUCACAUUGUUGAUGUUCCCGGGCACUCACGUCUUCGACCCAAACUGGACGAGUUCUUGCUUCAAGCAGCUGCCAUGGUUUUUGUGGUUGAUGCUGUGGAAUUCUUGCCCAAUGUUCGGGCUGCUUCCGAAUAUCUUUAUGAUAUUUUGACCAAGGCAAGUGUUGUGAAGAAGAAGAUUCCCUUGCUUGUAUUGUGCAACAAGGUCGACAAAGUUACUGCUCAUACGAAAGAUUUCAUCAGAAAACAGCUGGAGAAGGAAAUCGACAAGCUUCGAGCUUCAAGAACGGCGCUAUCAUCAGCAGAUGUUACAAAUGAAUACACGCUAGGGGUGCCGGGAGAAGCCUUCGGAUUUCAUCAGUGUCAUAACAAGGUAGCCGUAUCAGAAGCAUCCGGUUUGACUGGCAACAUUUCUCAAUUGGAGGAAUUCAUCCGAGAAUAUGUAAAGCCAUAAAAAGGCUUCUCGACCAUAUUUGCAAAAUGGACGUUCCGGGGGCAUUUGUGGAACGUAGGAUUCGAUCGGGAGCUUCGGAUUGAGUAUGAGUUUCAUCACAAAUUCUGGGCAUAUAUAUAUAUAUAUAUGCUCAUCCAGGUAAAAAUGUAGUUAUUAUGAUUUCACUAAACAGCCUUAUUUUAGUAGCCAUUUUUUUGGAUUGGAUUAUGAUGUUUGUUUUAACAUGUAAAACUUUUGCUUGUGUAGAACUUUCUUUUGGGGGUUUGUUCAGAUUUGUUUUAGACUUA